AUGUGUUUCAUAAAUCUUCGCUUUUUCGAAUGUGCUCUAAAUGCUCCAUUUCUUAAAUCUUUCCAAUCUCGAACCUACAACUUUUCAGGGCCGAUGCUCAUACCCUUACCACCCGUCAAUGUUUCAACGGCAAAUCCCAAUGACUACUAUGGGUUUGUCUACAAUGAGUACGAGUAUGACUUUCCAACUGAAACCCCCACAUUGAAACAUAAUAUCCAAUACGGAAUUCUCGAUUCGAACGUUUUUAUUGGAAUCCUUGCAAUUAUCCUGUGCCUCGUUCAUUUAAUGAUUCUAUUGAGGAAAUCAUUGAGGACAAGCGGAGUUUAUGUGUUUAUGAUUGCUAUUUGUGUUUCGGAUAUUCUGAAUUUCUCGCUUGCGUAUCCAAAAGAUGCAAUAUACUAUAAACACAGCUGGUUCCCAGUACCAAUUCACAAUAAUAAUGGAGACGAAUGCGUUAAAUAUGGAUGGAUAGAAGUUGAUCUAGUCGCCCAGGCAAUGGAACUUGCACAUAAUGUCACUAGAAGAUUAUCUAUCUGGUUGGCAAUGGUGAUGGCAUCGUUAAGAACGUUGGCAGUGGCUUUUCCAAUGAAUAAUCAGAUUCAGAAGCUCGUGAAGCCGGGAAAGGCAGUUAGCAUGGCUAUUAUUUUGCUCAUUGUGUUAAUCUCCUAUGACAUGUUACUUUUGAAAUCGAGGAUGAGCUUCUAUUGGCUUCCCGACGAUACUCGGUGUAUACUGAAACCAAGACUCCAACGCUAUGUGCUAGUAAUGCCAGCAAACGACGAUGCAUAUUCAAUAAGCGAAGAUCAGAAAUCCGUUGAAAAGAUUUUCCGUGUCUUUCAAAUAAUUCUGUACCCACUACUUACAAUUUCACUGGUUAUUCAACUGAGAAUAAUCAAGAAAAAGAGGAAAUCAAUGCGGCAGAACGAGAAGUCGGAUAAUACUACGUUAUUAAUUCUUGUGAUGACAAUUACCUUCAUGUUCUCGGAAGGAUUAAUUGUGGUAUUCAGUCUCCUUGACAUUAAGGGGAAAUUUAGGCACGACAUCUUGGAUCGAUUAUACAUAUUUGAGAAAGACGAAAUGCAGAACAUGCGAAUAUUGGUUGCUGUCUGCUACACUCUACGACUCUUCAACUCAAUGUCCCAUAUUCUCGUUUGUGUAUUAAUGUCUUCACAGUAUCGGGACACUGUGAAAUCGCUUGUUCUCUGGAAAACAAUUUCCAGGUUUUUGAAAGAUCGAAUUUUGAAGGGAAAAGCCAUAAGUGACACAAUGUAUCCGGCGUCUGUUGCUGAGAAACUCCAUUGA